UGGAAAUUGGGAUGCCCUCUCUCUCUCUCUCUCCUCUCCCUCUCUCUACACUAUGAAGAAGCCUAAGCUCUUCCAUGGAGCUUGGAACCCAAAAUCCUAGCGUCACAUUUCUUUCACACACUGCUGUUACGAUCAACUUCAUCUCCCUAAAAUACCACUCACCCACCUUAUAAUUCUGGUACUUCGGGGCCUCCCCCCUCCCUCUCUCUCUCUCUCUCUCUCAUAUUUAUUAUCAUUUGGCAGCUUUCCAUUUUGUAUUUUUAGGAACUGGACCACUUUUUUUCACUCCUGACUAUAGUGUGUUUUUUUCCCUGCAUAACUGCCCUGUUUCCACUAAGGAAGCACGUAUUUUGGCUGUCUACUUUUGCUUGUUUAGCGAUUCUUGUUUAAAAUUUAUUGCUCCCUAGUGAGUAGUCGCUCACAUUUCUGCUCUCAUUUCAGCUGUCUCCAUAUCUCAAUUGUGCUUUUCUUCACUGGGUUUUCAAGAAAAUGGAGACAUUUGAGACUUUUUUUCAGAUUCCCUCAUAAAUGUUCCAUGUUCUUGUGAGAAGAGAUUUUUGAUGGGUUGGGUUCUUUGUUAAAAGUAUGGAGUUGAUCAUUCAACACGGUUAGCGUGAAAAAAAGGGGGAACUUGGGUGUUGGUUUUUGGGGGGUUGUGAUUUAGAACUCUAUUGUUGAUUUAAAAAAAAAAAGAAGAUGGAGUCUUGGAGCUAUGUUUCUGGGGAGAAGGGAUUUGUUUCUGAGGAAUCUAUUUCUGUGGAUGAUGGUAUUGCAAGGAGUAGAAAUAAUGGGUUUAUGAGUUGGGAAUUGAAGGCCCCAUGUGGAAUUGGAGGCACUAUGGUGUGCUCACCUCAAGGGGACAUUGAGACUCAAGGAAUGGUGGAAAUGGGUUCUCAAGAUUUGAUUACAAAAUCUCUGGGCAAUAAUCACUCAAUUAGUAGGGCUGGUGAUGGGACAUUUUUUGCAGCUCCCCACAAUGCAUUUUCUGGGGAGAAUCAGUCUAGUUCUAAGCUAUCCAGUUCAGUUGUGGAGUCAAGUUCUAGAGAUUCAUCACUGAUUGACUUGAAGCUUGGGGGUAUUCCUGAUCAUAGAGACACUCAGAUUACCAAAUCUCAUAAGCCGAACCACCCGGCUUUGUCUUCAGCUCAAUCUUCGACUCCAGUUAAGAGAAUGCGAGCUGGAGGGCAGAAUUCCCAGCCCCCCUUCUGCCAGGUUCAUGGUUGUAAGAAAGAUCUCAGCUCCUCCAAGGACUACCACAAGAGGCAUAAAGUGUGUGAGGCUCACACUAAGACUUCUAAGGUUAUUGUAAAUGGUAUCGAGCAACGGUUUUGUCAGCAAUGUAGCAGAUUCCAUUUGUUGGCUGAAUUCGAUGAUGGUAAGCGUAGUUGCCGUAGACGUUUAGCUGGCCAUAACGAGCGUAGAAGAAAGCCUCGCACAGCUCUUAACUCUGGCAGAACAGGGAGGCUUUUUCAGUCAUAUCCGGGUACCAGCUUUCAGGGGACAGCUUUCACAACGUCAUCUUUUGUUUGCCAAGAUAUACUUCCUAGCAGCCUUCCCCAUCCACCAAAAUACGAGAUCAAUGAUUGGUAUAGGAAUGUAAAAGUUGAGGACGGGGUCAACUUUAGCCCUCAGCUAACGAUUCCCUUAAUUAACCCACAGUCACAACCAAGAUCUCUUUUCCCUUCAUAUAAUCCGGAGAAGCAUUUUCCUUUAACAAGAUGCAAAGUUAGCGAGAGUAGUAACUCGUAUGCACACGAUAUGGAUGUGCCAAAUUUUGUUUCUCAUUCUCUCUUCAAUAGCACUUCAGUAGGCAGUGAAGUGUUGAAUGCUUUUGACUCGUCAUCAACCAUUCACGGCCUGUCAGGGAUGUCAAGUUCUGGCCAUGCUCUCUCUCUUCUGUCAUCUCACUCACAAAGUUCUUCUAAUCAUUCAUCCAUGGUUCCCACAGCCCACCACCUGAUUAGCCCGGGCACUAAUACUCUCUUCAACAUGGCACAUGUAUCCAAAAAACAUUUAGGGACUAGCCCACCUGCCUCGACAAGUGGGCUGUCAAGUACGCUUAACUCGCCUGGAAUAAAUUCUUCGGACGAAGCACGCUUGGAACAGAUGCUAUUUUCCAACAGUGGUCAGAACUUUGCAUUCAACAGGGUCGUCCAAGUAUCAGAAUAUAUGAAUGAGAAGAACCAAAUUUGCGGUGAAGAUGGCCCCACUAUCAAUUUGCUUCAGUUGUCAUCGCGGCUUCAGCAGGUGCAGCAUCAAAGGCAUUCCAUGCAAGCAAGGCAGGAAAGCGAUGUUUUUUCUGGAAACAGAAUCACAUGAUUGAUCCAGGUUGCGCAGUUAUAUGUGGUAAAAGCAUGCAUUUGCUCCAGCCUUUGCAGCGCUAACUGUGAAGGAAGAAGAAAGCAGGAGGAGCCUUGAUUUGAUGUUCAUUUUUCUUUCCAUUUUCGUGUGAAGCUGAAAACUGUUUUUCCCAGCUCUCUUCCUUAAUAAGCAGUUCCUUUUUCCCUUAUUGUUGACGCUGCAAAAGCUGUAAUCUUGACUCUAUUCUAAUUGUAUAUCAAUCCCUUCUAUUUUUGUUCUCA